AUGAACGGAAAUCACCACGCAGCAGCAUCUCUCAAUGAAGAUGAUGAAGACAAUGAUGAAUCACGAACAAAUCUCAAUGAUGAUAGUAAGAAUGAGGAAGAACAUCCAAGAAAUAAUCAACCUCAACCAUCACAAUAUCCAACAUCUUCUCUUCAACAACAACAACAAUUUCAUCAUGAGGCUGAGGAGGAAGUUUAUUCAGACGAUGAAGAUGAAGAUGAUAAUAACAGUACGGAUAUCAAUCAAGAUGACUUUGGAACACAAGUAAAUUUUGAACAACAAUAUUAUAAACAAAAAGGUCCAAUACGAGAGAAGAAAACCUCUGAAACCAAUACUGAGGGAGAAUAUGUAAUACAUCCACGUCCAGCCAAUUAUAAUACAGCACCCAAACCAGCCUAUCAAAUACAAUUAGAAAUUUACUAUGGUGAAGAAUUUCCCAACAAGACAGUCAUUGUCAAUGUAUAUAAUGAAAAUAUUCAAAAACCAUUCCUAGGUGGAUUUAGAAAUACAGUUAAUAAUCUAUUAUAUCAUCAUGCAUCAACACAAACUGAAUCACAAAAUCAAAAACAAAGAAAUGUACAAUUAUAUCAUAGAGAAACACAAACUAAAAAGUUUUCAAGUCAAGCUCAACAAACAUUACGAGAACAAGGUACACAAAUGGAAAAACCAGGAUUAACCAUAGAUACCAGUGGAGAUCGAGUUAUUAAAGCUUCAACAUAUUAUUUUGAUUAUGAAAUGUUAAGAAAAUUACAAAUUGAAAUGGCUGUAAAAAUUCAAAGAAAUGUUCGUAGAUGGAUUGCAAAGAGGAGAGCUGAUAAAAUACGUGAGGAGAGAGAAGAAGAAUUUCAAGAAACAAUUUAUAGAGCUCAACAAUUUGAUGAAUUACAAAGCUCAAAAAAACAAAAAGAAAUUAAGAGAAGAAUGCAUCCAAGAAAAGCUCAAGAUUUUGCAAUCAUGUAUGAAGAAUUAGAAGCAUGGAGAAUUAAAGAAACUGAAGAUAUUAAUUCAACAACAAAGGCUGGAACUAUUGAAAGAAAACAUGCAAUGAAAGAAUUAUUAAGAAAACAAACAAAAUUAUUACAAACAAUUGAUAGAUUGAAAAUUGUUGCAAAUCAACAAAACAAACAAGAAAAUAUUCAAAAAGAUUUAGAAAAGAUGGCUCAACCUAAAAAAGUUGAAUAUUCAAAUACAACACGUGUUAAUUAUAAUAGAGCUAGAGUAUUAAAGGAAG